AUGUCAUCAUUAAGAAGCAACGAUCAUCACGCCGCCGCCAACAUUUUAAAAUUACCUUCCGAAAUUAUUGGUGAUGAAAUAUUUUCCAAAUAUUUAAAUUUUGAAUUUAUAAUUUCUGUUUGCUCUUUGGUUUGCAAGCAAUUUUACAAAUGUUCAGUGAAUUGUAAAUUGAACGUGAAAAUUCCGAGAUUUUAUGAUGAAGAAAGUUUUGCUAAAUGUUGUAAAAGUGAGAGAUUGAAAUGUGUGAAUGAAUUUGUAUCGGAUUGCCCAUAUUCUUUUGAAGAAUUUGUUAAAUAUUUGGAUGAAUGUCAAUUUGAUAGUUUGAAGAGAUUGAAUUUGAUUGGUUUGGAGGUAUCCAAUGUUGUAGCACGUUUUGGGAGUUUAGAAAGUUUGUCAUUGAUUGGUAUGGGUGCCGAAAUAGGAAAUUCGAUAGGAAAUUUGUCACGAUUGACCUAUUUGAAUUUGAAUGCAAGUUCUGUAACUAGUGAGUCUUGUCAGUACAUUCAAAAGUGUGAAUUGAUCAAAAAUUUGAAUCUUUCUGAUAAUAAGAUUGGAAAUGAGUCGUGUCUCUACUUGACCAAAUUGAAGAAUUUAACAAUUUUACGAUUAGAGGAUUGUAAUAUAAGUGAAAAGGGUGUGGAACAUCUUUCCCAAAUUGAAACUCUUACAAUAUUGAAUGUUAGUAAGAAUAGAAUUGAGGAUGAUGGUUUUGUAAAUAUUUGUAAACUUAAAAAUCUGACUAGCUUGAAGGCCGCUAGCUGCUCAGUAGAGUCUAUCAAAAAUAUUACAAACCUAAUCAAGUUGACUUCACUUAAUCUUGGUCAAAAUAGCAUCGACAAUGAAGGAGUCAAAAUAAUUGGAGAGUUGACCAACUUGAAAACUUUAACAUUGGAAAAUAAUGUAUUCCAACCAGAAGCAGUUCAAUAUUUGACCAAACUCUCCUCUAUGGAAGUAUUGGACUUGAGGGAUAAUAAUCUAUCUUUUGAUAAUGUCAAAUGUUUGAAUGCCACAAAUUUACCAAAACUUUAUCAAAUUCAAAUCAUUAGUCGUCACAGACAAUACUAUAACUUUUAA